AUGAACAGAAUAUGUACAACUUUAGUUGUUGUAAAAAUUUUAGAAUUUUUUCCAUGGAUAGAUGAUUUAUUUAAAUUAUUUUAUUUAAAUAGAUUAUGGAGAAAUACUAUUUUAGAUGUUAUAAAAAAUACGAAUUUUUUAAUUGGAAAAACUACAAUGCGUUUAAAAAAUAAAAAUUUUAUUUUAUUAAUAUUAAAAUAUAUAAAUGGUUCUCAUAAAACUAAUCAAAAUAUAAUUGACCGUUUUAGUUACUUAACUUGUGAAAAUUUUAAAAUAUCUUCAUUUCCAAAUGUGUUAGGAUUAAUUAUUGUUUCAUCUAAUUUAAAUCCACCAUUUUUCAACUAUAUACAUAAUAUAUUUCCGAAUUUAAUUUAUCUUAAAUUAAUAAUUAAGUCACCUGUUUGUAUACCAUUAUUGAAAAAUUUUUGUUUUUAUUCUAAGAAUUUGAAAUAUAUUAUUAUUUGUUUUGUAAAUAAUGAAUUAAAUGAAGAAUACAAAGAUAAGUUAAAAAAAAGUAUAAACAAUUUUCUUUUUCAUUGGCAUAUUAAUGUAAAAUUAAUAACAGAAUAA